AUGACCCAAUUCGAUCUGACCGUGGCCACCCGUGCCGGGCAUGCUGCCCUGCUGCCCGUGAUCCUCAUUGCCACCUCCAUCAAUGAGGCUCGCCCUUCUCCCGUCAUCAACAUCAAGUAUGAGGACACUGCUCUCCUCAAUGAGGGUGACAAGGCUAUUCUGCAGCUCUCCACUGCCGGCAAGUCUGUGUUCGGUACCAUUCCUGCCAUUCAGGAGCUGUGCGCCCACUUCCCUUACCUUGUGGGCAAGGAUGCCACCAUUGAGAGCCAGUGGAUCUCCCAGCUGGACACCCUGACUACCCUUGACUUCAAGGCUCUCGACCCUAUCCUCCAGAAGCUCGACACUCACCUCCUCCUCCGCUCCUUCGUCGCCGGAUACGCUCUCUCUACCGCCGACAUUGCUCUGUGGGGUGCUCUCCGUGGUAACCGUGUUGCUGCUGCAGCUCUGAAGAAGGGCUCUCUUGUCAACCUGACCCGUUGGUACCGGUUCCUGGAGGAGCUGUGCCCAUGGACCACCGCUGCUAUUGAGGCUCUCACUGCUUCUGCCAAGGAGUCCAAGGCCGCCAAGUCCAAGGCCGGUGCUACCUACGACAUUGCUCUUCUCAACACCGACAAUGGCGUUGUGACUCGUUUCCCUCCAGAGCCCUCUGGAUAUCUCCACAUCGGUCACGCCAAGGCCGCCCUUCUCAACGAUUACUUUGCCCACGAGAAGUACAACGGUACCCUUCUUCUCCGCUUCGACGACACCAACCCCUCGAACGAGAAGCAGGAGUUCCAGGAUGCCAUUGUUGAGGAUCUUGCUCUCAUGGGCAUCAAGCCCAACAAGGUCUCCUACACUUCCGACUACUUUGACGAGCUCUACGCCUACUGUAUUGAGAUGAUCAAGACCGGCCAUGCCUACGCCGAUGACACCGACAAGGAGACUAUGGCUGCCCAGCGUAUGGACGGAAUUCCCAGCGCUCGCCGUGAGCUUUCUGCCGAGGAGAGCUUGGCCCGUCUGGAGGAGAUGAAGAACUCCACCCCCGAGGGUCUUCGCUGGCCCUCCGUGACCCUGUUAUCUACCGUUGCAACCCCCCACCCCCACCACCGCACCGGUGCCAAGUGGAAGAUCUACCCUACCUACGACUUUGCCUGCCCCGUUGUUGACUCAAUGGAGGGUGUCACUCACGCCCUGCGUACCAUCGAGUACCGUGACCGCAACCCCCAGUACCAGUGGAUGCUGGAUGCCCUCAAGCUCCGCCACGUCCAGGUUUGGGACUUUGCUCGCAUGAACUUCAUCCGCACUCUGCUGUCCAAGCGUAAGCUGACCAAGCUCGUUGAGAGCGGUGUUGUCUGGGGCUGGGACGACCCUCGUUUCCCUACCAUUCGCGGUAUCCGUCGCCGUGGUAUGACCAUUCCCGCCCUGCGGGAGUUCAUCCUGAAGCAGGGUCCCUCCCGGUCGAUCACUCUGUUCGACUGGGCUCUUAUCUGGGCUACCAACAAGAAGUACAUUGACCCCGUCGCUCCUCGUCACACUGCCAUCGUGAAGCAGGACGUCGUCAAGACCACCAUCACCAAUGCCCCCGCUGCUUUCACUGAGGAGAAGCCUCGCCACGCCAAGAACGCCGCUGUCGGCAUGAAGACCGUUACCUUCGCCCCCAACGUGCUUAUGGAGCAGGUCGACGCUAAGUCCUUCAAGCAGGAUGAGGAGAUCACCCUGAUGAACUGGGGCAACGCCUUCGUCCGCAAGAUCACCACCGACGCCAACGGCACCAUCACUCACCUCGACCUCGAGCUGAACCCCCAGGGUGACGUCAAGAAGACCGAGAAGAAGGUGACCUGGUUGGCCGAGACUCCCGAUCUGGUCCCCGUCGAACUCGUUGACUUCGACUACCUGCUGAAGAAGGACUCCCUGACCGAGGAUGACGUUCUUGAGGACGUUCUCAACUACGACACCGAGACCCGCGAGCCUGCUCUGGCUGACAGCAAUGUUGCCCAGUUCAAGGAGGGUGAUAUCAUGCAGUUCGACCGCAAGGGCUUCUACCGUGUUGACCGUGCUUACAGCCCCGGCUCCCCGGCUGUCUUCUUCAACAUUCCUACUGGCAAGGCCAAAUAG